AUGGAGCAGAACUCGUACACGGAGUACCGGAGUACACGGAUGAUUUGCUCCUCAGCCGUGCUGUCAAACAUAGCCCCCUUCACAACUUCAGCAUUUGACGGAUCCUGCAUAGCAGUGUCUGCACCCGAGAGACCGAAUGUAACCGACGCAGUCAUAGAUGCAGGCCUUCUAGCACUGGCCUUGUCAUCAAUGAUGACCCUCGCCAAACCUAUCACCGUUCAAAACGCGCCAGCCUUCACCAAGAGGUGGAAGGCAGCAUUGGCCUCCACCUCAGUAGCCGCCACCCUUCCAACAGAGUAA